AUGCCUGUCGGCAUCAUCAAACCGUCGAACCAGAUCAAGCUGACCAACGUGUCGCUGGUGCGCAUGAAGAAGGGCAAGAAGCGCUUCGAAAUCGCAUGCUACAAGAACAAAGUCCUCGAGUGGCGCAACAAGGUCGAAAAGGAUCUUUCCAAUGUCUUGCAAAUCGAAAACGUCUUCCUCAACGUCUCCAAGGGUCAAGUCGCCCCCAAGACCGAUCUCGAAAAAGCCUUUCCCAAGAAGUCGCUCGAGGAAAUCAUCAUAGAUAUACUCGAUCACGGCGAGCUGCAGGUAGGCGAGAAGGAGCGCAAUGCCGAGCUCGAGAGGACCAAGAAUGAGGUCAUCGACAUCGUAUCCGGAAAGCUGGUGGAUCCCAAGACGAAGCGCGUGUACACAACAGGCAUGAUUGAGAAGGCGCUGGAUCAGCUGAGUUCUGCUGCAGCGUCGCAGCAGAGUGAAAAGGAAAAGGGCGAGGCCAAGGAAGAUGGUGACGAAAAGGCAAAAGCGAAGGAGCUACCAAAGUGGACUGGCGUCGUCACCAACAAGUCGGCCAAAUCGCAAGCCCUGUUUGCCAUGAAGGCGCUCAUCGCUCAUCAGCCAAUACCCGUCGCUCGCAUACAAAUGAAGCUGCGCAUUACGUGUCCAACUUCUGUCCUUAAACAGAGCAUCAAGACUGCGCCAAAGGCCCAAGCGGGUGCCGAAGACAAGGGCACAGUAGGUACCGUCAAGGAUGCCAUACUCGGCCUCAUGGAAAAGGUUGAGAGCCAAGAUACCGUAGGCGCAGAGUGGGAAGCGGUGGGCCUCAUCGAGCCCGGUGCGUUCAAGGGUCUUAACGAGCUGAUCGAGGGCCAGACAAAAGGAAGGGGCAACGUUGAAGUGCUCGAAAUGGCGGUUGGCGCUGAUGAUUGA